AUGGCCACAGACAAUGUCUAUAUUCCCUUCUUCUUAUCGGCCUUCAUAUGCAUUCAACUGAUAACACCCAACAUCUGCGACGGAGCUCUAACCUCAGGCUGCAUCCCUGCCGAAAGAAGUGCUCUACUUGAGUUCAAACGAGGCCUGAAAGAUCCUGCCAACAGGCUGUCCUCUUGGGUGGGUGAAGACUGCUGCAAAUGGGAGGGUGUGACUUGCAGCAAUCAUACUGGGUAUGUUGUCAAGCUGGAUCUCCACAAUCCGCAUCCUUUCUCUGAUUUUGGUGACGAGCCACACAACAACUGGAUCUUAGGAGGUGAGUUGAGGCCUUCUUUACUUGGUCUGAAGCACCUAAAGUACCUGGACCUAAGCACCAACGAUUUUGGAGGCAUUAAUAUUCCAGAAUUCAUGGGGUCAUUCCAUCAGCUCCAAUAUCUCAACCUCUCCAGAGCUGGAUUGGGUGGAGUCCUGCCUCACCAGCUGGGAAAUCUCUCCAAUCUGCAGUAUCUAGACUUGUCCAAUGAUUUGGUUCCCAAUUCUUUUUCUGUGGUUAAGUUCAAUGAAUUUAGCAUCGGUGAUGCACUCUGGAUUUCUCACCUUUCUUCUCUAAAGCAUCUCAACCUGAACAGUGUCAACUUUCAAAAUGGUACUCACUGGAUGGAAGCUCUGAACAUGCUUCCUUCUAUCGUGGAGAUAUACUUAUCCGAAUGUGCAAUUGGACGUGUUCCCCUCUCUCUUCCACAUGUGAACUUUACAUCACUGUCUGUUCUUGAUUUGUCAGAAAAUUUCAUUAACUCUACGAUGCCCUCUUGGUUAUCCAACAUAAGUGGCCUUGAGCACCUUGAUCUCAGUUACAACAACCUUCAGGGUAAUAUUCCACCGACCUUUGGUAACUUGGCUUCCCUCAAGGAACUUAAUUUAGCUUACAAUUCUCUUCAAGGAGGAAUACCCACUUCCUUCAAAAAUUUGUGCAAGCUACAGAAUUUAAUAUUGCCAGGCAUCAAUAUCAACCAAGAUUUGUUAGAACUUGAUGAAAUUUUUUCUGGUUGCAUCAAGAUGAGCCUAGUGAUUCUGGACUUAUCCUACACGAAUAUUAGUGGGCAGCUGCCUGAAUGGUUAUUCCAACUCAGGAAGCUUAAAGUACUCAAUUUGGGGUGGAAUCUGAUUUCUGGUCCUAUUCCUUUGUCACUUGGACAACUAGCAUCACUCCAAGAGCUCUAUCUUGGGGUAAAUCAGUUGAAUGAAACUAUACCAGAAAGUGUGGGGCGGCUGUCUCAGCUAGUUACUUUGGACCUCCAGCACAACAAUUUGGAGGGUGUAAUGUCUGAGGCGCAUUUUGGAAACCUCACAGAAUUGAAAUACUUAUGUUUGUCGUCCAACUCCUUGGCUCUGAAGGUCGAGAGCAAUUGGCUUCCUCCCUUCCGGCUAGAAUCCCUUCAGAUGGACUCCUGCAAACAGGGUCCUGAGUUCCCUGCAUGGCUCCAGUCGCAAAUAAAUAUUUUCGAAAUUGAUAUGUCUAAUGCUGGUAUUAUUGAUGCUAUGCCAAACUGGUUUUGGAGCUUAAUUUCCACAGCAGAGUACGUGAGUGUCUCCGGCAAUCAGAUCAGUGGCCACGUACCCAAUUUAUUGCAUUUAAAUAAUCUCGACUGGUUGGAUUUAAGCUCAAACUAUUUCGAGGGUCCUCUUCCAUAUUUUCCUCCGAGAAUGAGUGCUCCCCAAUUGUUGGAAUAA